GUGAUGAGAUGCGGCGGGAUCGUCUUUACGUCACAUGGCAAGGAGCCAAUGAGCGCAGUUAGCUGCUUUGCGUGACAUGAUAGUAGCGAUCUGGGACUGCUGGCUGGGCUAGGCAAGUCGGAAGUGUCCCGCUAAAAGCGGGGCUAUUGGGCAGUAUGUCCUCUGCCAACAGGCCUCAGCUUAUCCGCAGCAGCCAGAAGGAUGAGCAGUUCCAGGGCAGCCUGAGGGGCCAGGCUCAUGAGGUGUGCCAGGCUUUUGCCGGUGCAAAAAAAUGGCUGCAGUGGAGAAAGGAAAUCGAGUUAUUCUCUGAUCUUGCAUACUAUUGUCUAACAACAUUUUCAGGGUACCAAACACUGGGAGAAGAGUAUGUCAAUAUUGUUCAGGUUGAUUUAUCUAAAAGAAAAGUUCCUUCGUUGUUUCAACGUACAGCGCUUAUCUGCUGCCAUACAUUGCUCCCUUACUUCUUGGACAAGGAGUUAGUGCGCUUGGAACAUGAACUUCAGAUAGAAACAGAUGGAGUAAGAUCGUCACACAGUGGUUUGUCAUCAGGAUCUCAUCGAAGGUCAUGGAUGUGGAAAUGGGUGCAUCGAAAGAUUGCUGCCUUAUCAGAACAGCAAAAGAAGACUUUGGUAAAGGCUGUCUAUAUUGUCAGACAGAGUAUUGCUUUCUUGAAAAGGCUGCAUCUUGCUAUAUUCUAUAUGAAUGGAGCAUUCUAUCAUCUUGCCAAACGUGUCACAGGCAUCAGUUACCUUCGUGUACGGAGGUCAGUUGGAGAUGAUCAGCUUGUGGACAGAAGUUACACUUUUCUUGGUGCAAUCUCAUUGCUUCAUCUCAUGCUGCUGCUUUGGGUUCAGAUUAACAGUUUUCAACAGAGGCAGGAGGCCCAGCAGAAAUGGAAACUGCUUCGCCGUAUGUCAUACCAGAGAGCACCACCACACGAGAAAUCAUAUAAGCGCCGUGCAAAGUGCACAUUGUGCUUAGAAGUGCGCAGACACUGCACAGCCACACCCUGUGGCCAUCUUUUCUGCUGGGAGUGCAUCACGGAAUGGUGUAACACCAAGACGGAAUGCCCUCUCUGCCGAGAAAAAUUUAGCCCGCAGAAACUCGUCUAUUUACGUCACUACCGAUGAUAUUCAGAAAUCUACUUGGGCCUUAAGGUUUUUUUCAGUAAGAGGAGUCUUCCAGCACAGCACUUUGCUUUUCUUGUUUAGUAGAAACCAUUUCUGUUGCUGUACAACAAUUCUAAACCAAGUUAAUGCCAGUCACAACUGUAACUAACACGGUCUUCCUAAAGUGUGCCAUAAAGGACUACCUGAAAUCUAAUUGCUUGUGUAGUGAAGCCAAGUACUGAAAUGUGUAUGGCAUGUUGUGGACAUAGAUAUCCCUGUAUAAUGAUUGGUUAAAAAAGGUAAAGAAAAGACUUAUUUUAUUCUCUGUGUACAAGUGGGAAAAUAUUUUUUAACAUUGUUGCAGCAUGAGCAUUUUAGAAAGACAGCACAUACUAAACUUAAUGGAAUCUACUUUAAAGGAGAAGUCAUUAAAACAAAAGACCCUCUCUCGCAGAAGUGCCUACCGAAAUGCUGGAGCAUGAAUUACUAAAUAAUAUCCCAAAGCUCUGGGAAACCUUAUGGGAGCCUUAAUAUUUGCAAAUGCCAUUUGGGAAGUCUUCAUCAGACUUCCAUUUUCUCUUUAUUACAGGGUCAGUGAUGCUUUCCGCAUGACGUGGUCAUCAAAUCAUAACCAUAGUCUAUAGUACAUCAAACCUUUGCAUGCUCCAAGCUGAAUGAAUCAUGGUAAGGUGGACUACCAACAUUGCACUCUGCCGAGAGCCUAAAAUGUUUUUGUAAAUCUAAUUCGAACAACAGCAGCAGAGUGUGACUAGUAAGAGUAAUUUACAUUUUUCAGUGGUGGUGUUGUUUAUAUAGCACAGACGUAAUAUGAAAUGUUUUAGAAGGAAUUUUAAUGCACAUGAAAAGAAAUUAUUUAACCAAUAAUCAAAUUUUCCAACAAAUCAGGCUGAGAUUCUGUAAGUGGGGUAUCUGUUUUUCAUCUCUAUUAUCUUUUACAGCAAGUUCCAGCUUCUGAGUUAUGAUUUGCUAACAACACUAUACCUGGGUUCUAGUGCCGUGCUAAGCAUUAUUGAACUACUUAGAAAUAGUUUGGCAUGCAGAAACUUGUAGCGCUUAACAGAUGUGUCCAGAAAUAACCCUGGUACUUACUGUUUUCUCAAAUUUUUUUUUUUCAAUUUUAUUAUUAAGGGGGUGGAAUCAUUUUUGCUGUUGAAUAGUAUGUGAUUAAGCUGCAAAGAUGCCCUAUGUUGGAUGAAACAAUGCAGGGGAUCACAUGCAGUACAACUUGGAGCAUUUUGAAGCUCUUGGAGUGGGGGAAAUGUGCUCCAAAUCAACUAUCAAUUAUCUUUAAAUAUAAAUUGGCACUUCAAAGCAAAUGAAGGGGUCAUUUUUUUGUCUCCCGCCCAAAGAGCUGAAAAACUUGUGUGAGAGACCACUGCAAAUAACCUUAUGUAUCAUUAUCCUAAGGGACUUAUUUAUAAAGGUCUGUAAAAUAUUUUAUGCCAAAAAAGGUAUAUAAUGACUUCCCCAAGUCUGAAUUAUCAUCUUGCAUCAUCUAUUUCAGACAGCUAAUUGUGUUAUGUCUAAUGGUUUGUAAUUUUUGUUAUUCUAAAAAACUGUACUCGAUUCUUUUUUACACAACCAUAGACCAAGCAUAACCUAUUGAAAUCAAUGAGGCAAAUUCAGGUGGAAAAAGUGGCCUAAAAAACUCAAUACCAGUUUUUCAAGGCAAUGCCUCUCUUUACAUCAGAAUUUUACACAAGGCUACAUGUUUGCAUAAAGCAUUUUCACACCUUUAUAAAUAACCAGUACUGUGAUGUUUGACAUAUUUCAUUUGCAUGUGUUUUAUACACCUUUAUAAAUAUGCUUACAAAGCACAAUUUGGACAUGCAUAUCAAGCUUGCAUUGAUACUGCAGUAUAUAAUCCUCAAAGAGGUAACUGCUUAGAGUUUUAUAAGUAGACCUUAAAGCUUUAAGGGACAAGGAAAUAUAAAAUUACUGGGGGAUGCCAAUUUGCUAGAACCCCUUUAUUUUUUAUUUAAUUGCUAACAUGCUACUCCAGGCUGGGGCUUUCUUUCUAAAAAAGGUCCCUGGCCAGGGGGCUACUUUUGGCUUUCUCCAACCACCAAGAUGCUGUGCAUAUACCAAGUUUAAACUUUCACAAGGGACACUCGGAAGCCUGGUGCAAGACUGGGAGGCCUACUAUAGACAAAAGUACCCUUGGCACUAGUGCUAAUUAAAGAUUAGUACCAGUCUGAGGCCAGGCAAUUAGAUUGACUGGUUAGUUGUUGGAAGCUAAUGCUACAUAGGGUUCAUUUAGCUAUUUCGUCAGCCUGGGUGCAGGCACACAGAGCUGAUUUCGGAACCAUCAGCUAUGCAAUUUAAAACUGAAAUUCACUCCAUGUGCCUGUCCCCAGGCCAACACAAUGUCUCUGGGUGCAGGCAAAGGAAAAGAAGCAGCCGUGCUUGGAAUUAGCAUAAAAUACUGCCACCCCCCAGUUAUUUUAUGUCUCUUUGUUGUUUAAAGGGAUGCUGUCAAAGUGUUUCCUUUAUUUGAAAACAAUGUGAAAUAUUAUGUGUAAAGUAGCUAAAACAUGUUUAAGUUUAUUGCUUUCAAAGUUAGGGGCACUUUUUGUACUUUGCAUGAGGGAAUUGAUUUUCUGAUACUCGCCUAUUUCUGUUUCCUUUCUGGCAAAUAUCAGAAGCCUAUCUUGCUUUAUGGCAGGAAUUUUACACUCGGGAUCCAAACAGCUGUCAAAUCUCCUUUAUCUGAAUGGUUUUAAGUAUUUACUACACUGCUGUGACUGGCUGGCUGAACAAUCAGUGAAAUAGAUAUGGAGGCUUUGUUGAGAAAAUUAAAACCCAUGCAUUGUACUUAGAAACUAUAUAGAAAAUCUGAACCUCCAAUAUAACAAAAUAUAACUGUAUUAUGAAAGAGGAGUAAAUAUGUGAAAUCAGUAUCCCUUUAAGCUAGUGUUAAAAAGUCUGCAUAGAUUUCUACUACAUACUGUUUGGAUUUUUACUUGAAUUGUUUUUAAUCCUAAUUAUCUGUGUCCAGAGUGGAAUUUCUAACUGUGUGCACGUUAUCACUUUCUGGGAUGUCAGACAUAACAUUUGUACAGUGGCCGCCUAGCUGGUGCCUGUGUGUGGCUACAAAACCCUGUUGUGCUUUUAUAUUUCUUUUUAAGAACUUUUUUUACUGUACAAUUAACUUCUAGUAUGGUGGAGAUUUUGGCCUUUAUCUUGUCAGGCAGUAUUUGGAAUAACAGACUGUAAAAUGAAUAGGAUAAGGCCUGGACAGAAAGAUACAGUUAAAUAAAUAUGUUUGUGAAGAUUCUCAUUCAUCCAGGUCAUGGUAUAUCUGUAGUAAUAAGUCAAAUCAACUGGACUUGCUGUGUUUUUCUUGAAGAUGUUUCGCCAGUCAUCCACCUGGUGCUCUCGAUUCUGCAUUCUGAUGACUGGCGAAACAUCUUCAAAAAAAACACAACCAGUUGAGUCGACUUAUUACUACAGAUAUAUUUAAAUAAAGCUAACUGUUGCUGAUGACCUGACAGCCAGGUGGCCCACAUGUGGAGGUCAUAGGUCUAAUAUAAAACCACUGUUUUUAUAUUAAUAUCUCUGCCUGAAUAAAAUAUAAGAAAAUUCAAUAUGUCAGGCGGGUCAACCCAAAGGCCUUGUGCAGAUCUUAGUGCCAGUCAUAAAGUGCCCAUUAAUCCAAAGUCCUUCUGAUUGCAGUUGCAUACAAAAAAAUAAUUUUGCCUUAAAGGGAUAGUUCACCUUUAUAAUCUUAGUAUGAGUGAUAUUCCUAGACAGUUUGUAAUUGGUCUCCAUUUAAAAUUUUUGUUAGUGAAUUAGUCAGAUUUUUGUUGAGCAGAUCUCCAGUUUGGAAUUUCAGCAGCUAUCUGGUUGCUAGGGUCCAAUUUACCCUGGCAAGCUGGCAGUGGUUUGCAUGAGAGACAGGAAGCUGAAUUGGAGAGGGCUAAGUAAGAAACAAUAACUCUUUAGCUGCACAGACUAAUAGUGUUUCGGCUGCUGAGGUAAUAACCCCUAUUUGAAAUCUGGAAAAAGGCAGAAAAGGAAAGCAAAUAAAAGAAAAAAAAAGACCAAUAGUUGCUAAGAAUAACAUAAAAACGGGUUUAUGUAAAAGGCACUAUGUUUGCCCAGGAGCAGUAACCGAUAGCAACAAAUCAGCAGGUAGCAUUUUCUGGUCACCUGUUUGAAAGCAAACAUCUUAUUGGUUGCUACAGGUUACUACUCCCGGCAAACUUAGUGCCUUUUAUUACAUUUGGGGGUAAAGGUUAUUUUAAAGGUGAACUAGACUCUUUGAAAGGACUUAAUAUGGGUGGUGAUGUCCCAUUGAUGAGAUGAAUGGACCCUAGUUGUGUUGGUUCUGUGGCACUUGGGCUGUACAGAUACAGAUGCCAUCAGGGAAGCCCAGCAGGCAUUGGUUAUCCACUGUUACUAUGCUAUGCCUAUUUUUAUCAUUUAUCUGUGACUUUUGAAUGUUAUAUAAUUGUAUGUAUUAAUUCAGUGCCAACAUGACAAAUGUAUUUCAGUGGAUUAUUAAUUGUUCUAAGCCAUGACUGAAAUUGGGUUUAUAUCUAGAUUUUAAUAAAACUUUUUGAAUAACA